AUGCAAUCUGAACUAUACGUCAUCAAGCUCCUGACUGAUAAUGACGAGAUUAAGGCUGAAAAUGCCAAGGUUAAAGCUGAAAAUGCUAAGUUAAGACAGGCUAUGGAAAAGAAUGAGGCCAGACUUGCAAAAUUAGAGCAGAGUGAUAAAGAAAAGGCUACUUUUGGACUUAAAUAUAUAGGGGAGAAUAUGGCGUUCAAUUGUGUUAAAGAAACAACGCCAGGAACCGGACUUUGGGCGAAAGGGAACGCUGGACGAAAUUACAAAUCGACUACUGAAACUAUGUUGAAAGUUAAAAGUCAGAGCUUGGAAGAAACGAAAUUCAUACAUGCAUUCCGUUGUGGUAUUACGGGAACAACAGGAAUGAAUUCUUUUAGCAGAUUCUCUUCACGGUUUCUAGACGAUUCUAGACAAUUUUUGCGGUUUCUGGACGAUUCUUGGACAAUUCGUAAUUUCUGGAUGAUUCUUGAACGUGGUUUUUUGGAUAGGAAACGUAGACGCGAUGAGAUAUUAGAAGUUGUUUGUUGGAAUUGAACCAACUGGAACAAUGUUCUAAACCAUUAACAACAUAGUUUAGAAAGAUAAAAUAUUAAUGUAACGCAUAUA